UAGAGAAACAAAAAAGCAACAACGAGAACGUGUGUAAUUUGCAUGAAAAAAUUCCAGAAUUCAUAAAAUCAAUUUCGAUAAAGUAAUUAAAUAAUAAACAAGUCGCACUUUGUAGCGAAAACCAAAUUUAACGUUAGUGAAUUGGAAAUAUCUACUUCCUAUCAAGACCAACCCGCAAUCUUGCAACUACAAUGCCAGCAUUGCCCAGCGGAGUUUAUGGCCAAGCGCAGGGCCCAUCAUGUUUUGAUAAAAUGAAGACAGGAUUCACGAUUGGCUUUUGUGUGGGCAUGGCAAGUGGAGCACUCUUUGGUGGCUUUUCAGCGUUGCGAUAUGGUUUGCGUGGCCGCGAGCUCAUUAACAAUGUGGGAAAAGUGAUGAUACAAGGCGGCGGUACUUUUGGCACUUUCAUGGCUAUCGGCACCGGCAUCCGUUGCUAAGCAGAAGAUCGCUUUGGGAUAACGCAAUGCCGGAACAUAUUUUCGCGUUUUUUUUUUAUAAUGAUGCCCUUUUCUUAUUAAUUUCAUAGAUUUUAGUUUACCCACAAUACAUAUACUGAGAUACGUGCAAAUAUCGUUAAAAUAAAUAUUUUUGAAAUGAAG